AUGCCGUUACGCGCAAAGAUCGACCCGACACGUUUGAACAUCAACGCACGCAUGAACCACACUUCCAGCUCUUACGAGGAGGGCUCGCCGGACGAGGUUCUUGUGCGAUCCAAUGGUGCGGUGCGCGAGUUCAUUUUGAACCGUCCCAAAAAGCUCAACGCUAUCAACCACAAUAUGUGCACCUUAAUGGCCCCUCGUCUUUUGGAGUACGCCAAGAGCGACUCGGCUAACAUUAUCGUGGUGAAGGGCGCUGGCGGCAAGGCCUUUUCGGCCGGUGGUGAUGUCACUGCCCUGGCUCUUAUGUUCCGGGAGCAGGGGGCUGAAGUUGGCGAAAAGAACUGCUCUCGCUACUUCCAGACCGAGUUUGCUUUGGAUCAUCUAAUUGCUACUUAUGCCAAGCCAUAUGUUGCCCUCAUUGACGGUAUUACCAUGGGUGGUGGUGUUGGCCUGAGUGCCCAUGCUCCUUUUGUAGUGGCUACUGAAAAGACCCUGUGGGCUAUGCCUGAGACCACCAUUGGUUACUACCCCGAUGUCGGUGGUCUGUUCCGUCUCAGCCGCAUGGACGGCCAGCUUGGUCUGUACCUGGGUAUGACUUCCGAUCGCCUCAAGGGCUACGAUGUGUACCGGGCAGGCGUCGCAACCCAUUUCGUCCCCAGCGAACGUGUGCCUGAGAUUGAGAAGCGUUUGAGCGAGCUCAGACCUUCUGAUGGCGAUGCCACUUCCGACGAGUACUUUAGUCUCGUCAAUCGUGCCAUUGAGGAGUUUGCCGCUGAUGCCCCCGCCAACCACAAACCCACCCUCUCCGAUGCGGAUCGUGACGUUAUUGACUCUUGCUUCAAGUUCGACACUGUCGAGGAGAUCAUUGCUGCCCUGGAAGCUGAGGGAUCGGCAUUCGCUCUCAAGACCAAGGCCACCUUGCUUGACCGCUGCCCUCACUCCCUCAAGGUCACUUUGGCCGGUUUCCGCAAAGCCAAGUCUCUAGACAUCAAGUCUGUUUUCGCUCUUGAGCAGCACAUCGCCGAUGGUGUGUGUGGCCGCAAUGAUUUCGCCGAGGGUGUCAUCGCCUUGUUGGUCGACAAGCGUAAGCCUGUCUGGGAGCCCGCCUCCUUGGAGCAGAUCAGUGCCAGCGACAUUGCCAAAAUCUUCGCGCCCCGCAAGCCCGAUUGGACCCCCAUGAAGUUCCACACCGACCGCACCUACAUGCAGUACCCUCACAAGUUCGGCUUGCCCACUGAGGAGGAGAUCAUGCUUUUUGUCACCGGCGAGACCUCUUCUUCCGAGACAAAGGCUACCCGUGAUGAUGUUGUCAAGCAUUUCGAAAAGACUCAUGGCAACAAGGUUGGCCUUGUCAGCCACAUCGAGCAUGUCCUCGCCCGCAAAACUAAAGCCGACCCCCAGCAUCCUACCCUUCUUGACUGGACUUACUAG